UGUGACUCCCGAGUGGAAAUUCUUCUCGGUUCAGUAAUUUAUAAUUGAUUACCAUGUGACGGGGAACCUCAACGACUCACCCUUUGGAAAGGUGUAGAUUCACUAACAGAAAUUUCCAGAUUUCUGCACUUCAAGACAUACGUGGUUCUGAAACAGCUUGGUAGGGUAGACGAACUGAAGGCUUGUUGAAUGCAAACAACUUUACAACAAAUUUUGGAUUUGCAAGCAACAUCAAUUAUCUUGAGUGCCAAUCUUAUUGUGAAGACUUGUUCUUGAUCAUUUUUACAGAUACUUUACUAUGGCCGUGUCCUUGAAACAGGUGUUCAAUAAAGAUAAGACUUUUCGCCCAAAACGUAAAUUUGAGCCAGGCACGCAGAGGUUUGAAUUGCACAAAAGGGCGCAAGCAUCGCUGAAUGCUGGAUUAGAUCUGAAAUUGGCAGUGCAGCUCCCUUCAAACGAGGAUCUCAAUGACUGGGUAGCUGUACAUGUGGUAGAUUUUUUCAACCGUAUUAAUCUGAUUUAUGGAACGGUAUCAGAAUUCUGUACGAAUGAUACUUGCCCAAUAAUGUCAGGAGGACCUAGAUAUGAAUACAGAUGGCAAGAUGAGAAUAAAUACAAAAAGCCUACUGCACUGUCAGCACCGCAAUAUAUGAGUCUCCUUAUGGAUUGGAUUGAAACCCAAGUGAACAACGAAAGCAUUUUUCCAACCAAUGUUGGUACCCCCUUUCCUAGGAAUUUCCUGCAAGUUUGCAAGAAGAUCCUCUCUCGCCUUUUCCGUGUUUUUGUCCAUGUCUACAUCCACCACUUUGACCGGAUUAACUUAAUGGGUGCAGAGGCGCACGUUAAUACUUGUUACAAGCAUUUUUACUACUUUGUUACAGAGUUCCAUCUAAUAGACAACAAAGAAUUAUUACCACUGAAGGAGAUGACUACGCAAAUGUGCCAUUGAGAAAGGACCUCCUGACCAGAAGAAGCUGUUUCGUUCACUUAUUGAAAUGGAUUUUCUUACACCAAAAAAAACCACUUGAAAGAAACUUUCUCCUGUUUCAAAUAAUGAUUUACUGAUGUUGAAAUGUGAAAGAUAUAAAUUCCUAACAUGGAAUUUUCUAUUGAUAUAGAAAACCGUAAUGUUUGCGGAAAAUUCUAUAAGGUGAAGCACCUACCUGGAGCAGUUAAUUGCUUAAAUUUUACAGCUACUCUAAGUUGCAUGAUAUUGUAGUUGUAUUAAUGCACAAAAUGGAGAAAAUUAUAGCUUUUCUAUUUUAACUAUUCAGCUGGAUAUAAAGAUUUAUUGUUUUGUUUUUGUAGUUGAGUAAGCAUAUUUGAAUGUAUGAUAAGGCACUAUUGAAACAAGAUCAUGCAAGUUUUUUCCCAUGCCUUUUAGAAAUGAAUAUUUCAAUUUACUUACUUGCACCGUUCAUGUUGCUGAUGUAAUGAAAGGCUCUGGCUGGUGCCAGAAAAUUUUGUAAAAGCUAUUUGUAAUAUUCCAGGCAGAUUUUACUUCUGUGAGUUUCCUAAACAAUUGGUUUAAUCCCAAUUGUUGGAAUCCUAAAAGUUCUUUAUAAAAGAAUUAUACCAUCACAGGUCAAUCAACAAUGCUGGCUUGCAAACAAGAGCAUCUGUAAACGUAUUCCUGAUAUGGUACAUAGAAUAUCACAGAACAAAAAAGUGGAUUUUUUUUAAAAAGCUAUUUAAAAAUGAAUGAUAUACUUUUUUAAACUAGUAUUGCUUGUUUAAGGUUUGACUGUUCAUAAUGCUAGAGUACAAUAUAGUUUUCCAUAGUUUCUGGGGGCACCUGUGAUGUAAAGAAGUUCUUGUCAAAUUGAUUAUAUUUUAUAUCUUAUAUUUUAUCUAUUUGGCUUCAUACAUUACAUGAUGUGAUUAAAUCUCUUACUGUCUGAA